AUGUCCCACAAGAAAAUGCACGUGGCUCUCUCUCUGGUCCUCAUCCUCUAUGGCCUUUUUAAUAGCAUCUUCUGUGAAACACAACAAAAUCCGAAACAGGAUUCAUCAAGGAAAAUUUCACCUCUCUCCCAGAAGAUAAGAAUUGACGAUGAGGCUUUUGCCUGCAAGUUGUUCGAGACUCUGUCAUUUGAGCAUCACAGAAAGAAUUUCAUCAUCUCGCCUGAGAGCAUCUCCACCACCUUGGCCAUGAUCUCCCUGGGGACCAGAUCCACGACACUCUCCAACCUUGUUGUGGGCCUUGGAUUUGACCUCAGACAAGUCAGAGCGUGGGACGUGCACCUGAGCUUCCAGAGGGUGGUCCAGACGCUGAACGAGCUGAAUAGGGGCAGGCAACUGAAGCACAGGGACUUUCUCUUUAUCGAUAACAACAGAAGGAUUAACCCAAAGUUUCUGCUGGAGACAGAGAGGUUAUACGAAGUGGAAACCCAGUUGACAGACUUUCGACAUAGAGACAUAGCCAAGAAGCAAAUAAACCAGUAUGUGGCUCAAAGACUAAACCACAGAAUUGAGGAAAUAGUCACCUCUUUGCAUCCUCAUACCUUCAUCUUUCUCCUAAACUACAUUUUCUUCAAAGGUCUUUGGGAAGUAGCUUUUCCAACCAGAUUCACACAGAAGGAGAACUUCUUUUUUGAGGAGAAAACCACGGUGCAGGUGGACAUGAUGAGGAAGACAGAACGAAUGAUUUAUAACCGAGCACAGAACCUGUUUGCUACAGUAGUUAAAAUACCUUACACUGGAAAUGUGUCCUUAGUUCUUGUGCUCCCAGAUGCAGGACGAUUUGACUUCGUUGUGAAAGAGUUGGCUGCUAGGCGAGCUAGACCUCUGCAAUCCAGUGACACGAGAUUGGUGCACUUAGUUCUGCCCAAAUUCAAGAUCUCCUCCAGGAUAAACUUAAAAAGAGUGCUUCUCAAGAUAGGCAUCGAAGAUAUAUUUUCUAGAAGAGCAAACUUCUCGGGCAUCACAGAGGAGGUUUUCCCAACUGCUUUUGAGGCCAUUCACGAAGCCAGGUUGGAGGUGAACGAGAGAGGCCUGAUCAAGGCCACAGCCGAGGACGUGAGCUUGAAGACGGCCCAGCACAAUGUGCCUGCAGAUGCCACGGUUGUGAAAUUCGAUAGGCCCUUCUUAUUCUUUGUGGAGGAUGAGUUGAAUCAAAGACAGCUCUUUGUGGGCCAAGUCUUCAACCCCUCAGCUUAG